GCCGAGCCCCUGCGCGGUACGAGGACUGACAACACAAUCAAACAACGAGGAGUUCAUGUUAUAAGCGCAGCGCCCACAUCUUAGUUAGCGUGGAGUAGGCACUCUAAUCUGCUAACCGGUUUCCUUGACUGGUGCUGAUGGUGCUGACAUAAACGUUAAUCUGCAGUGUAUCCCUCUUGAGUCUAUACCGGUAUCACAAAUGUUGAGUCGACCGAAUGCGCAUCAACGUGCGGACAACGAGUCUGCGAGUCUCAGUUUUCCAAAAAGGGUUUGACGCACAUGUGCCAAAGCAGCGCGGCAUGAGCCUGUCAGAGCGCCGCGACUACGAAGAAAGAUGGCCACAUGUACGCUCUCCAAGCUUUCACUAAAGUAGGGCGCGAUGCUUCGGCGGGCGGAGCGCAAUCAGGAAGGCUCUGGGUCGUCGAGUCGAAUAUAUCCAGAGGCAAAGCGAAUAUCUCAGGACAAAGCUUGGCACGCCACGCCUGACCCGGCCGCGCCUUGUGUCUGGUCCGGCAGUGAGGCUGUCGAACACGGGCUAGAGAAAGCCCCGCAACUCCUUUUGUUCGAGCUGAUAGAUGCCAAUGGGGACGGACACGUAAAGCCAAGUGAAGCGGCUCUGUUCCUAGACACGCUGCUAUCGGCGUCCCGGCGGGAGGGCGCGCCACCGUUGGCACCCUUGGUCGAGGAGAUAGCAGCGCGCGUGUGCGCCGAUGCUGCGGCUGCGGCUGCAGCUACGGAUGAAGCCAGUAAGCAGCAAUCACUGCAACCAUCAGAACAGGGACAGCAACCGCAGCAGGAGCCAGGGCAGGGGCUGUUCCUCACGCCGGCACUACUGGGCAGGUUCGCAGCCGCCUGCCGCUGCUCUGCGGCGCUCGAAGAGGACCUGUCCCUGCACUGCCCCUUCCCGACCAUUACACUGCUGCACAGCACUCUGGACCUGGCUACCCGGCCCGUUCAGGAGCUGCGUUUCCAGUUGGGUACACUCCUGAAAGCUCUGCUCGCGUGGGCUCUCCUGCCGCUCUGGGUUUGGCUGCCGCCCGACUGGCUGCGGCCGCACACCACACUGCGCCUGGUGCGGCUGCAGUUCGUCUGCUGCCUGGUGGACUUCACCGGCCACCGCCUCUUCACGUCCUGGCGCAUGGCGGCGUGGCUGCCGCCGCUGUACGGCGUUGCCCUGUACGGCGGGGCCUGGGGCGUGCUGGCGGUGUUCUGGGCACAGCAUGGGUGGCGCGCAGCGCAGCAGGCGGGGCGAUCGGGGCGCGGCGUGUCAGAGUUCAUUCUGGCGUUGGACGCGGCGGAGGACAACACAUUCUUCGCAUGCGUACUGCCUUGGGUCCUGCUGCUGGUGAUGGUGUUCAGCUCGGCGGUCAAGCUUAGCCUGCGGGACCCCGAGGGAGUGCUACAGCAGGCGAGGGCGGUGGGCGAGCUGGGUGUGCAGGAUGAAGUGCUGCAGGGCUUUACCAACGUAACCACCAAGACGAUGCUCGCGGCUGUGGCGAGCGCCACCGCCCGCCGAGUGUCUGAGUCGCUCCUGCUGCGCGGCGUGCGCCGCUCCGUCCUGCUGCUGCCGCCGCUGCUGAUCGCGGCGCACCGGCUGCUGUACCUGCUCUUCACUCGGCGGCUGUGGCCUCGCGAGCAGCUGGGGUUGGCAAUGGCCAUUGUGCAGUACGUUGCAAUGACUAUGUCCAUGGCGCUCUCCUGGCGCGAGAUGACUGAGAUCGUGUUGUUCCUGGGCGAGCAGUCGGCACGCAUGGCUGUGUUCAGCAUCAUGUUUGAACAGCGCGGCGCGGCGGCGGCGGGGCUGCCCUGGAUCAACAACGGCAAGCCCAACAACCUGAGGCUGUGGAUGCAGAUCCGCACCCACCUGCUGCGCGCCAAUUGCAUCAUGCUGCGCUGGAUUGAGGGCUCCUCCGCCAUGAUCCUGCUGUGCGGGCUGGCGGCGCUGGUGCUGCUGGCGGUCACGCUGCUGCAGGGCUCCUUGUUCAGCUCCACACGCGGCUCCACAGACCUGCAGAUUGCUCUGUCGUGGGCCAUCCUGGGUUUCAUCACCCUCAUCGUGAUGGAGUUCCUGGUCGUGGUCGUGGCGGUGAGUAUCGGCACCACCAACAUCGCCGACCUGCGCCGCCUCAGCCGGGCCGCCUGGGACCUGGAGACCACCCUCAGUGCCCUGCGCUGGCCCGGCGUGUUCGGCCCCUUGCCCCCACCAGACCAGCUCGGGGGCGGCAGCGGCCGCCGUCCAGUCCCGGCUGCGUGGCAUGGGUCGUACGGCGGCGGCUCGGGAGCCCACGCCAUGACACAUGGGCAUGGGUGCUGGGACACGCGGCUGCAGGCGCAUGAGGCAGCUAGCCCGGUGCAGUCGCUGGUGACAGCGUCGUCUGCAGAGCAGACAUCAGCGGCAGGUUUACAACAGCAGCAGCCGCAGCAGCUGCGGCGAUUGCAGCACGGGCACCAGCAUGCAGCGGCAGCAGGCGACGGCCGCGUGAGUGCGCCGCUGGGCCUGCCGCUCGCGUCCGGGAGGGCAGCCUCCUUGGAUGUGUUCGCGCCAAGUGUUGCCGCUCUGCCUAGUGGCGGUCACGCAGCGGGCGGCAGCAGGCAAGGCUCGGCGCGGCGGAGCCAGAUCGGCUCGUGCCGGGCGACGGGUACGGAGCCCUGCGCGGCGGCAUCUGAAGGAGGCCGCAGCAGAUCCGGCAAGAUGGGACCUGAGGCGGCGGAUGGAACCCAGCAGGCCGUAUCAGGAGGGGAAGGCGUGCAGUCUGCUGUCGGUCUCAGCACCCAGCAGCCCCGCGCGGCAGCAGGCGCCCAGCGCGAGGGCGCGGAGCAGGGGCUGGUGGCCAGUGCUCGGCACGUGCCCGCAGGAGCGGCGCCUGCUACCGCUGGAGAAUGCGGCAGCAAAGGCAGCGAUACCGGUAUCAGGCAGGGAGGUCUGCUGGAUCACUUCUCGGGUCCCGCAGAGGCGGUGCCCGACGCGCGCGCGACUGUGGCGAUAGAUAGCGAGGCGGCGGCGGCGCUGCUGCGGCCGCAGCCGCCCGCGCCUCCGCCCAGUCUGGAGGAGCUGGAGACUUGUCGGCUGCUGCUGCUGCGCCUGAUCGACGUGCUGCGGCAUAGCGAGGAGUAUCUGGAGCUUUUCGGUGUGCCACUGGAGCCAAAGUUCAGGAGCAGCCUGCUGAGCUUCGUGCUCACACUGGCGGCGGCGGGGCUGUCAGCGGUCAUUUCGUUCCUGGCAAAGCGCUGAAGGAAGCUGGGGCCUGGGGAGACUGGAGAGAGGGACUGGGGGAGAGGGAAGCAGACGCGUGCGAAUGUUGCUGUGGCGUGUGGGAAUAGGAUGUGGGGCAGGAGCAGGCAGGAGGCUCAGGCAGUGGUUACGGAGAGGCCAACGUACAAGAGACGUACAAGUACUGGCGGGUGCCUGCCGCCCUGCCCCGCCACGCACUGGUGUAGGCGCUUGUGCCGAAAGCAGACAAGACAAGAAUCAGCAGGGAUA